ACGCCAUAGUUCCUGUACUGUCUCACAGUAGCCACGCAGCUUGGGGACAAUCAAACUGCAGCUUAGCCUCACCUCGGCAGGAAUCCAGAUGCAGGCCAAAUACAGCAGCACAAGGGAUAUGCUGGAUGCUGAUGGGGACACCAUCAUGAGUGUGCAAUCUCGAGCCUCUUCUACAACCCAGCAGCCAGAGCCCAGGCACACAGGGCACCGGUCUCCCUCUUCAGUCUGGCGUCCAGUGGCCCUGACCUUGCUGUCUUUGUCUUUGGUGCUGCUGAUUGGCCUGUUAGCCCUGGGGCUUGUGUUUUUUCAGAUCUACCAGCUUUCCAAUACUCAGCAAGACAGCAUUUCUCACAAGGAAGAAAGAUUGGGGAAUCUCUCCCGACAGCUGCAAUCCCUCCAAACCAAGAACAGGAAGCUUGCAGAAAUCCUGCAGCGCGUGGCUGAAAAACUGUGUCGUGAACUCUAUAACAAAACUGGAGAAAACAGAUGCAGCCCUUGUCCAGAAGAAUGGAAGUGGCAUGGGGACAAAUGCUAUCGGUUCUAUAGAGAAAGCAAGAGUUGGCAAGGCUGUGAAUAUUUCUGCAUUGCUGAGAACGCGACCAUGCUGAAGAUAAACACACAAGAAGUGCUGGACUUUGCCAUGCCUCAGAGCUACUCUGAGUUUUUCUACUCUUAUUGGACAGGGCUAUCCCGCAACGGCAGUGGCAAGGCCUGGCUGUGGAUGGAUGGAGCCCCUUACUCCUCUGAACUGUUUGAGAUUAUAAUAGAUUUUACCAGUCUGAGAAACAGGGACUGUGUGACCAUCCUCAAUGGAAAAGCUUUCUCAAAGGACUGCAAAGAGUUGAGGCGGUGUGCAUGUGAAAGAAGGGCGGCCACAGUGAAGCCUGAGAGCCUCCAUUAGUUUCCCUGCACCAUUACAUGGAAGUGAUUGACUCUCCCAUCAUAAUUACAAUAUCAAGCUCUCUUCAGGGAGAUUGAAGAUCAGAACAGAAGUUAGUCUAUUUAUGUGUACCUGUACUAGUUUGGUUUCAGUUCCUAUCUUCUCUCAUAUGAUCCAUGUUUAUACAAAAAUUCAGCAAAAAGUUUGAGCCAAGCAAAGUCAAUGCAAAGGAUAUUUAAGCCAUUGGAAGAUGGGAGAAAAAUAGGAAAGGCAAUUUUUCUGACUGGUGGAGGAAGGAUUUUCAUGUUUCUUGUUCAGGAUCACCAGCAUUUCUGAGCUUCAUGCAUAUAUUUACCAGUCACAGAGAAGUCCUAUCUAUGUACCAACCAGUCCCAGAAUCUCAUAAAGUUGUCAUCACCUUCUUGACUCAGAGAUAACUUUCUAGUGUUCUUCCUUCUUAGCAUCUAAUAUCAGCUCCCUAUUUCCAUGUCUUCCUUCAUAUUGAAGGAAGUGAGAAACUUACUGAAAUAGAGGAAAUAAAUGUGUGUGACAUCCUUUGUCGCUCAGUCAGUUUAGCAUCUGACUCUUGAUUUCAGCUCAGGUCAUGAUCUUAGGGUCCUGGAAUUGAGCCCUGCAUUGAGCUUUCUGCUGAGUGGAGCCUGCUUAAGAUUCUAUUCUCUCCCCUCCCUCUAUCCACCUUCCAACAACUCACAACCUCAAUCUCUCUCUCUCUUUCUCUCAAAGAAACUCCAAUGAUUGUGUUCUUUCUCUAGGAAUUUCUUCCAGAAAAGAAAUAUUCUCAGUUCAGUUCCAUAUCCAAAUUACUGUCCUCGAUGCUCCUUCAGAAAGACUGAAGAUGAGAGCAAAAGUCAGUCUCUUCACGAAGGUCUAUAAUAAUUAAGUUUCAGCUCCUAUUCCAUCUGAUUCAUGUUUAUGCCUUCCAGGUACUAAAGAUUUAAUAAUAAUAAUAAAUGUAAUAAUGUGAAAAGUGUGUGAUUUGAGAAUAGAUUCUGGGAAAAUUUCUGUGUAGAGAUGUUCUUCAAAAGGCAAGUUUGUCAUCAGCACAUACCGAAAGAUGAGUAAAUAAAAUUUUAAUAGGAUGAGUUAUCCAAUCAGGUAAUGGAAAGUGGAAGAGAGACUGUGAUAUCUGCCCACAUCACUGGCUCCUUGUUAUAGGUACCUCCUUUCUCAGGUGACCCAUAUGCACAGUCAUCACAGGGGGCACUCACUGCAAAUAACACCAUCACAACCAGUGACUUUGCUGAUUUAUAGAGAAAUCAAUUUUAGGGGUUUAAUGCUAGUGAUGAUAAUCUACUAUAAACCUUUAUUUUUCAGCAAUGAAAACUAGGGUGCUUCAAUUUUAUUUUCAGAAAACAUCUAUCACAUGGUGAAAUGACAUUAAAUUAGCAAACAUGAUAAAGAGAACAUUUCUGUAUUCAUUUUCAUAAGACUGCAUUAUGUAGCAAUCACUGCUUGUGGAUUUCUUCCUUAUGAAUUUUCCUUUCAAUUUUUGGUUGAUUAAUUAUGAAAUCUCUUCAGUGUUGAACAAAUUUUGUGUUGAUUUAUUGUGUCAUGCAAAAAGAACUAUAUUUGUGGUCAUAAAAUGAGAGUUUUAGGUCCCAUAAUCUGAUCUAUUAUUGGGCAAAUCACUUUACUUCAUUAAGCUUAUUUCAUUAAGUAUAAAGUGGAAAUGUUUAUAAUUUUCU